CAUACAUACUCUUAUAUAACAAACGAAAACGAUCGCGAGUAACACAUUGUAAUGGCAGAGAAAUCCUUUGCGAUACAACAAGUAACGGCAGUUCGAAAUCAGCGAGUGUUAGGAACAGAUGCCGGAUGAAAUGAGCGAGAAGGUCGUUUGCACUAUAAGCGCUAAAGAAUGUGAAACAGUUGUUAGAAAUGCAUUGAAAUUAAGUCCAGAUGAGAGUAUAAAAAUUGCAAGCUAUACACUUGAAAAGGGAUCAAACGAUCUCGUGGGUUUUAUGGGUGAAUAUUUCAAGCUUCGCGUGCAAAUAGCAGACGAGCACUCAACUGAGGGUAAACGAGAGCUUUGUUGUUUUGUAAAAUCGGUGCCCGUUUCUAACGAAUUGCAACGUGCUGAGUGUGAGCGUAAGUGUUUUUUUCGCAAAGAGAUCUGUGCCUACACAGCGAUCUUGCCGAAUAUACAAAAGUAUGCCACCACAAAACUGUAUGCUGAAUGCUAUUAUGCGCGCAGUGAUUUAUUGGUGCUUGAAGAUCUCUCCGCUGCACACCUAGGCUAUCGGCAUCUGACCAGCGAUGAGCCAUAUACGCACAGGCAUAUCAAGCUAUUUCUCACGCACUUGGCUCAGCUACAUGUAGGUAGCAUUGCAUGGGAAGAGAAGGAAGGCGUUAAUAUCGGCAAGCAAUUCGAGGGUUCUUUAUUUGAACUGAUGUUAAUUGCAGAAAAUGCGUGGUACGUCACCGGCGCUAAGGGAAUAAUUUUCCUUGCGAAAAAUUACCGAAAAUUUCAAACACCAGAGAAACAAUUACUCAUCAAUGACAAGCUUUUCACGCUGCUUAUGGAUAUGCAAAAGUAUACGGAACCCUCCACUAGAUCACGUAAUGUUUACUUACAUCGUGACUCAUGGGAUCGAAACAUAUUUUUUAAGUUCGAUACAAAUAAUGAACCAACUGCUUGCUGUAUUGUCGACUUUCAACUAAGCCGGUACGCUCAGCCUGGCUUAGACGUACUAUUCUUUUUAUAUGGCCAAACCACAGCAAGCGAAAGAAAGCUGCAUAUGAAGGAGUAUAUCGAGCAUUAUGUUUCCGAGUUGCAAGCGCGCUUUAAGGAGUUGGAUUUGCCACCUGAUAUUAUUACUAAGGAGGAGCUUCUGGAAGAUAUACGUCGUGCUCAUCUGCCAGCACUCGUUAUUAUGGCUAUUACUAAGCCGUUAACAAUGAUGCCAGACGGUUUGUCUAAUAAGUGGCGUGCAGAGGAGCAAGAAAAGUUCGACUACUAUAUGAAUACUCAGCGUGAUGAAUUUUUUCAACGUAUAAUGGAAAUGGAUCCCUCCUACGAGUCAAAGAUUAUGUGGCCCAUUGAAGAACUUAUAGAAUAUUUAAUAAGAAAUCCAGACUUGUGGCAUUAAUUGUAUAAUUUCUAUUACUUUAUUAAUAUUAUAUUAAUAUAUAUUGUUAUUAACAUUACUUUCUACAACAACAAA